GAAAAAGGGAAAUCAACUUCGACUUCUUAGGAUUAAUCUGGGAUUUGAUCCUAUCAAAUACCAAUUUAAUCUUAAAAAAAUGAAACUCUGUAUGGACAAUCGUUUCUUCCAAGUUUCCUUUGGCACUAUGUUGCAGGCGUUGUUUUUUACUACGUUCGGUGGAAAAAAAGGAGGAGAUGAGGAGGGUAGGUGAUGAGGCUGCUGGUUCAUGGCGUUUUGGCGUUGCUGGUGUUCUUCAUCCUGAUUUCAGGCGCCGUCACCGUCGGAAAUUCACCGGACACGGACUGGGAAUCCCUGCCCUGUCUGAAAUUAUUCCUUAAGACAGAACCCAGUGAAUCGAGGGAGAUACACGGAAUGAAUCAAACGACUUCCAAUCCAUUUCGGAAAAUGGACUAGGGUCAUCGGAGUAGACCUCUCGGAAAGAGAUGCCACAACCUCGUGUACCUCAAUCUGUCUGAUCGCCUUGAAGGAGAACUGAACUGUCCGGAUUGACUAAACUGGAGAUCCCUGGUCUAUCUAUGAAUAGGAUUUCCGGUGAGGUUCAGUUCAGUUUUCCUACAUUUUGCAAUAGGUUUGUUGUUGCCAAUCUUUCUGAGAAUAACUUCGGAGGUAGGAUUGAUGAUGGCUUUGAUGGGCACCGGAAUCUGUAAUAUCUGGGUUUGAGCUCCAAUAAUUUUGUUGGUGGAUUGUGGACUGGAUUUGUUAGGCUUGUGGACUUUUCUGUUGCUGAUAAAUAAUCUUUCUGGUUCAAUUUCUGAAUCAACUUUGUGGGAAAAUUGUAGCCUGCAAGUUUUGGACUUGUCAGGAAACAAUUUCAGUGCUGAACUUUCAGGGAAGAUGUCAAAUUGCAAGAAUUUGGUUGACUUAAAUUUGUGGGGAAACAAUUUUACAGGACUGAUUCCGCAGAAAUAGGGUCCAUUUCAACUCUUGAAGGGUUGUUCUUGGGGCGCAACAGUUUUGAUAGGGUUAUUCCAGAAACCUCUGUGAAUUCUGCAGAAUUUGGCCUUUCUGGACUCGGGCAAGAAUGAAUUUGGAGGGGAUAUACAAGAGAAAACCAUGGUGCUCGUGAAGAAGAUGACUCUGUAUCAGCAUUUGAUUGGAAAAUUGCAUUGUCGAGUUACUAUUGUGGACUGGUAUUGGGGCUGAGUCUCGGUUACAUUGUGUUCACAACAGGAAAACCAUUGUGCCUCGUGAAGAAGGUAGAGUUAUUUCAACAGAAAUUUGUUCAAAGGUGCAACCGUAGGCAUAAAAGAAGAAAAAACCAACAAUGCAACUAAUGCUAGGUUUGAGUCCCUCCAUUGCCAUUUAGGUGCAAGCAAUUUUAAUAUAUCAUGUCUGCCAUCCUUGAAGUUGAAGGUAGAGCUUUACCCUAUGAUUUAGUAUAAGGUUGCCCUAAGAGCAUUAGUUGCAUAGCUGGUUUUUUCUUCUCUUAUGACUUCGGUUGCACCUUUCAACAAAUUUCUGUUAAUAUACCUCUACCUUCUUUACAAGACACCAUGGUUUUCCUGUUGUGAACACAAUGUAUCCCAG